UGAAUGGCUCAACAACUUCCGGGUGGCUGAAGUCUGACUGGCUGAGCGUUUAAAUCGCGCCCUUGUUGUUAUUGGUGAACAGUUCCUGGUUGAAAGCAUGAAGUUUCCACUUUUUAUGUGAUUGUAUGGUACACCAGUAUGGAUCAGAAUAACUCCGAGUCAAAAUCUGUCCUCUGCACAUUGCUGGAUAAAAACGAUCAGUCCAAGUAUGUGUUUUUUACGCAAAAGCGAUCCGCAGGAGACAUAAACAUAGGAUUUACCAAUGGUGAAGAUGUUUGGAAAACUCAUCUUUCAGAGGAGAUUCUGUCCCAGCUUUUUAAGAAGUUUGCAUUAAAGUCCACAGAGGAUUAUACCUUCAAGCUCAAAUGUGCAUGUAAGGCAGGCAGAGCAUUUGUGAAGCUGCAGGAGGACAGUGCUGUGCUGCAUUUAGGAGCUGAACCUACAGACCUCAGUCUGUCUCUUUCAAAACUCACGGACUCUGAGGGAAGGACAGAAGUCAAGGACCUGCUUUUUAAAAUGGCUGACAGCCUGCAACAGCUAGAAAGUCAAGGUUCUUCUUCUUCUUUUAGUCCAGUCAAGAGCACUCAGAAGAAGAGUUCUGAAUAUGAACCUAGAACACAGCACAAGGGUCCUAUAGUAGCAGUUAGAAAACGUCUUCCUGGGGAUUCUCUCAUCAACCCAGGAACAAAAAGAAAGAAACCUGCAACAGGUGUGGCCUUUGAUGAUGGAGAUGAUGAAUGAUGUCAACGUGACCUCUGAAAUGUGACCUUUUAUUAAACAUGAAUUGUCCGUUUUUAACUAACUCAACACUAUCAGUUUUUAAAAUAUAACUUGCAUUGCAAUUACACCAUGAACUGUUUUAAGUCAUCAUGCAUCUAUUUAAGGUUUUCUUUAUAUGUUUUCCCUUUUUAAAUUGCUAAUAAAAAUGGUAUUUUUAAAUGUGA